CACUUCGUCCCCCUCCACCUCCACUUCACAUUGCGUCCCAUUGCGGAUACCCGUAUACUCUCAGUACAUACUGCACAUAUCUUUCCUUUACAAAUGUAUAGGUACAUGUGUACCGUGUAUUCUACAAGGCCCACAGAAGCGCAAGCGCAUUCGUGCAAUUCUUGGAUUAUUUCCACUCGUUUCCCUUCUUCCACUUCGGGCCUUGAGGGUGCAAUACCAGUAUUGGGCCCCGCACGCAGUUUGUUUUAUAGCCAGAGAAUAUUUCAAGAAAAAGGCAAAAAAGUUGCGUCAUGACAAACUUAUAUUCCUUGUGCCACGUAUAACCUCGAAAAUUUGUGAUGCUUUCAUUGUACCUGUAGGAAUUGAUUAUACAUAUGAUUUAUCCGACAUUUUGAAUUUAGUUGGAAUCUACAAAUAUUUUUUAUGAAAUGUUAUUACAUCAUUUCUGAGGAAAUAAAAUAAUUUUAAAAAUUGUUCAUCGGUUACGUUUGUUUUUAACCCUUGUGAUUUGUAUCCUCAAUUCAAUAAAUUGUCAUAUAGAAAUACCAUUGACUUCAUAGGUUAAACUCGUAAGGAAGGACGUAAUUAAUUUUCUUCAAAUACAGAGCUCGUUUAAUUGUUUAAUCAUGACUGACGUUAAAGUACACGUCGAAUAUUGCGGUGGUUGUGGCCACAAGAAACAAUUUUUAGAAAUGGCAAAGUUAAUAAAAGACAGAGUUCCUACAGCCGAGAUAUAUGGGGCACCGGGAAGACAAGCAUCUUUCGAAGUACAAGUAAACGGGGAGCUUGUUUACUCCAAACUCCAAACUAUGGCUUUCCCCAACUUUUCUGAUGUUUGUGAGCUUGCCGCAGAAGUUCAAGAUGGAAAACCCAUAAGAGAAAUAAAGCAACAACAACCAAUUAAUUGCACAAUCAUGUGAUAUUUAUAUUUUUAUCAUUCAUAGGUAUGAAUGGUUAAUUUAUUUUUUUUUUUAAAACAACGACUUAACAUCAUUUUCCUAUAUGUAUGUAAAUAUGUAUAUAUAUUUAUCUCUUCAAUGUAGACAAAUAAAUUUCUUAUUUGCCAAUUGAAAA